UGAUUCUAGCAUCUACCAUGCUGUGUCUGAGAUACAGCGUGUAGUUGGUAUAGGGUGAAGGGUGUCUAUUGCUGUCAGGGGGCUGCUCUCUGCUCUGCACCAUGGUGUGGGUCAGCAGGGUCCUGCUCAGGAAGUAUGGAAACUUUGUAGACAAUUUGAGAGUCAUGGUGAAAGGAGGAGCCGGUGGAAUGGGCCUCCCGCGCUUAGGUGGAGAAGGAGGGAAAGGAGGUGAUGUGUGGGUGAUGGCAGCACACGGAAUGACAAUGAAAACCGUGAAAGACCAAUAUACGCAGAAACACUUUGUUGGAGGUAACGGGGUCAAUAGUAGUGUCCGUGCUCUUAAAGGUGCAACGGGGGAAGACUGUCUUGUCAAUGUUCCAGUUGGGAUAACGAUCACUACAGAUAAUGGGAUCAAAAUUGGUGAGCUGAAUAAAGAGGGAGACAAAAUCCGUCUUGCCAAGGGUGGUCAAGGCGGUCGUUUCCGAACAGAUUUCCUUCCUUCUAAAGGCCAGAAAAGAAUCAUUCGCCUGGAUCUGAAGCUCAUUGCCGACGUGGGACUAGUAGGGUUUCCCAAUGCCGGCAAGUCAUCAUUACUCAGCAAGCUGUCACACGCCACGCCUCAGAUUGCCGAUUAUGCAUUUACAACAGUGAGACCAGAGAUCGGCAAAAUCAUGUAUCCUGACUUCAAGCAGAUUUCGGUAGCUGAUCUCCCAGGCUUAAUUGAGGGUGCCCAUAUCAACAAAGGGAUGGGACACAAAUUCCUCAAGCACAUCGAGAGGACAAAGCAGCUGCUAUUUGUGGUAGAUGUGUCGGGGUUUCAGCUCUCCGUUAAAACUGCCUACAGAACAGCUUUUGAAACCGUGCAGCUGCUGAUCUUGGAGCUCCAGUUGUAUAAGGAGGAACUCCUGGAUAAGCCUGCCGUACUCGCCGUCAAUAAGAUGGAUCUGCCAGAGGCCGAGGACAAAUUCCAGGAGUUGCUAAAGCAGCUGGAAAACCCUGGGGAAUAUCUGCACUUGCUGCCAGAAGAGCUGGUGCCGGAUCGUCAGAUCAACUUCAAGCACAUUCUGCCAAUCUCUGUAGCCGCAGAUCAGGGAAUAUCGGAGCUUACCCACUUCAUCCGCAAAUCGUUGGAUGAACAGGCCGAGCAGGAGAUCCAUGAAACUGCUCAGGAGAGACUGCGGAGCCUUUAUAACGCAACACCUCAAAAUGUGAAACAUAAACUACAGAUUCCUGCUGAAUGCACAGUGGACUAACGUAUUAUUCAGAUGUAUGAUUUUGUACAGUAUAUAUAAUUUCAGUAAAGAUCACUUUUAUUACCACUCAGAA